AUGCCCCUAUGUUAUUUCUCUGGGAAGAAUGUUCAAGGGAGUGGGCCGUCACCUUUUAGGUUUCAGCAAAUGUGGGUGGAUAAUGUUGAUUUUAAUAGAUGUGUACAAGAGGCUUGGGAACAAUCUGAUGUUGGCAGUGGUCUCAUGAAACUUGCUGCAAAAUUAAAAAGGGUGAAAGUAGCUCUAAAAGGAUGGAAUAAGGAAGUGUUUGGAUGGACGAUUGGGCACAUUCAGGAAUUGGAAAAGAGAAUUGAGUGGGUGGAGGAGAAGCUGCAAAUGCGGUAUGAAGAAGAAGUGGAGCUUGUCCUGAUUGCUUCAAAAAUGAAGUUGGAUACCUGGAUGCACCAUGAAAAUGUUCGGUUAGCUCAGUGUGCUAAGGUUAGAUGGUGGGGACAUGGUGAUAAAAACUCUCGGUAUUUUCAUGCUAUUCUAAACAAACAGAAGCAAGAAAGGAUUGUGGAGAUGAGUCUUCCGAAUGGGUCCACGUUAAGAUCACCUAUGGAAAUUUAUGAUGGUGCGGUGCAAUAUUUCAUGGAUUUCUUGGGGCAAUCUACAUGUGUAGUGUUACCAGACUUGAGCGAUUUAGUGGCUAAUGAGAUCUCGGAGGAUGAUAAUUCGAGACCUUAUUCGUUGCACGCAGAAUAA